AUGCCAAAGAUCACAGUAUACCAGAUAAGUCAGGCUGACCCUAACAACUUGGCACAUGGCGGUCUUGAGGUCCUGGUUCACCAACCAGGACCUCAAGACCUCCAUGUGAACCAGGACCUCAAGACCGCCAUGGGCAAGUCCCUUGACGGGUACCAGGAACUAUGGGUGAACAACCUGAAGGUAAUUCUCUUUCCUACACCUGGAGGAGGGUGUAGGAAAGCGAUAUCUAUUGACGUGUACCAUGGUCCACACCCAGCUGUUUUAGACCUAUACACAUAUGGAAGAGGUCUAUCUGAAGCUAGAGCUUCUCUUCUUGCCAACAGAGGUUUUGUGGUCUUUACAGUGUCAUUUUAUGGGGCUGAUGACAAUCCUAAAAACGUGACCAAGAUCCAUCUGGAGUAUUUUGAGGAGGCGAUUCAGUUCUUGAAAAAUCAGCCGCAGGUUUGCGGCUCUGGAUUAGGUUUGUUGUCACUGUCCAAAAGUGGUGAUCUAGCACUGUCCAUUGCCACUUUUCUGCCAGGCAUUGCUGCUACCGUAUGGAUCAAUGGUUGCAAUGCCAAUGCCAUGAUUCAUCUUCACUACAAAGGCACAGUCAUACCUCCCCUAAUGCUUGAUACCAAAAGAGUCUUUGCUACCAAGUCCGGGGCCUUAAAUGUGAAAUAUGUUAUUAAUGACCCCAUGGCAGAGGAUAAUCAGGCAACGCUCAUCCCAAUUGAGAGAGCCAAUGGAAGGUUUCUCUUUGUUGCUGCAGAGGAUGACCAAAACUGGGACAGUUGUUAUUUUGCAGAUCAGGCAAUGCAUCAACUAAAGCAUCAUGGGAAGGAUAAUUACGAGUCAGUAUUUUAUCCUGGAGCAGGACACUACUUAGAGACACCCUACAUGCCCUUCUGCCCGUCCAGUAUUCAUGGUGUUAUUGGAAAGCCUGUUGCGUGGGGAGGUGUGCCCAGGUCCCACGCAGCAGCAGUGGUCGACCUUUGGAGGAGGAUUCAGGAGUUAUUUAGAACUAACCUGGCAAAUGAUAGCAACUUGAGUAAAGCCAAGUUAUAA